GAUGUACCGCUGCGGGCUGUCCCAGGCUUUGCCUGUGUCUUUUAGUCCUAUAGGUGGUUUUGGCGCUGCCUGACUCUAUGAGCCAUCUCCACCGCCCCAUUUAUCGGAUUGAUCUGGGUAACUAGGGGAUUCCUGGGGUGUGCCUCGCUCCCCGCCGCGGGGGUAGUUCAGUGCGGCCCCCAGGAAGGGGCCUUGGUUACUGUGUUGCUGAGUAGGCCUGAUUCGGAGCCAUGAACCUGGAGCUGCUCGAAUCCUUUGGGCAGAACUAUCCAGAGGAGGCAGAUGGCACCUUGGAUUGCAUUAGCAUGGCCCUCACCUGCACCUUUAACAGGUGGGGGACCUUGCUGGCUGUGGGCUGUAAUGAUGGACGGAUAGUAAUUUGGGAUUUUUUAACAAGAGGCAUUGCAAAGAUUAUUAGUGCACAUAUUCAUCCUGUAUGCUCUCUUUGCUGGAGCAGAGAUGGGCACAAACUCGUAAGUGCCUCUACAGAUAACAUGGUAUCAUUGUGGGAUGUCCUAAGUGGAGACUGCGAUCAACGAUUCCGAUUUCCUUCCCCCAUCCUUAAAGUUCAGUUCCAUCCUCGAGACCAGAACAGAGUUUUGGUGUGUCCAAUGAAAUCUGCUCCAGUUAUGUUAAGUCUAUCUGACUCCAGUCAUGUAGUUUUACCUGUGGAUGAUGAUUCUGACCUUAAUGUUGUAGCAUCAUUUGACCGACGUGGAGAAUAUAUCUACACUGGGAAUGCAAAAGGCAAAAUCUUGGUGCUAAAGACAAAUUCACAAGACCUGGUGGCAUCUUUUAGAGUUACAACAGGGACCAGCAACACAACGGCUAUCAAAUCUAUAGAGUUUGCCCGGAAAGGGAGUUGUUUCUUGAUAAACACAGCAGACCGAAUUAUUCGAGUAUAUGAUGGUCGGGAAAUACUGACCUGCGGCAGGGAUGGUGAACCAGAGCCUAUGCAGAAACUGCAGGAUUUGGUCAACAGGACUCCCUGGAAAAAGUGCUGUUUUUCUGGGGAUGGUGAGUACAUUGUGGCAGGCUCAGCGCGACAGCACGCCCUUUAUAUCUGGGAGAAAAGCAUUGGAAACCUAGUGAAAAUUCUGCAUGGGACGCGUGGGGAACUUCUGUUAGAUGUGGCUUGGCACCCGGUACGGCCAAUUAUUGCUUCAAUCUCCAGUGGCGUGGUCUCUAUAUGGGCUCAGAAUCAAGUGGAAAACUGGAGUGCCUUUGCCCCUGACUUCAAGGAAUUGGAUGAGAAUGUUGAGUAUGAAGAGAGGGAGUCUGAGUUUGACAUUGAAGAUGAGGAUAAGAGUGAACCUGAACAAACGGGGGGCGAUGCUGCUGAAGAUGAGGAGGUUGACGUAACCAGUGUGGACCCUAUAGCAGCCUUUUGUAGCAGCAUGUUUCGUUGCAGCGAUGAAGAACUGGAGGACACCAAGGCAUUGUUAUACCUUCCCAUUGCUCCUGAAGUUGAGGACCCAGAGGAGAACCCAUAUGGGCCUCCUCCAGAUGCAGUGCAGACAUCUGUGACUGAAGAAGGAACAAACACAGAGAAAAAAAGGCAGGCCUCCUCUGAUGGUGUUCAACCUCCAAAGAAGAAACCAAAAACGACGACGAUUGAGCUUCAAGGAGUGCCUAACGAUGAAGUACACCCACUGCUAGGCGUGAAGGGGGACAGUAAAUCCAAGAAGAAACAGUCAGGACGCCCAAAAGGAGCUAAAGGUAAAGAGAGGGACUCUCCAUUUAAACCGAAAACCUGCAAGGGGGACAGGGGCUUACCUAUGGAAGCCGCAAUGAAAGGCAAAGCUCCAAGUGAGCUCCCCCAGGAGGCAGUGCCAUCUCAGAUCUCCUGUAACCAUUCAAGCUAUGUACGUCAUACAUGGGCUUUCACUGGACCCCCCAUGGACAGCAUAUUGGACAUUUUACAGAUUCAACAUCUUUUUAACCGUGACAUGGGAAUGUCCCACUCAGAACUGUCUGAUAACAGUGUUGCGUUGUUGUCCUCUAAUAAUAAUGGACGGAGGCAGCUGUUUUGUGAAUAUUUGAUAAAUGUAUCACUUUUACAGUCAACUCAUGUUAAUCAUGUUCUAGACUUUUGUGUCAUGAGGAGAAAAGAAAAAAAACUUCUUCUAUUUUUAUACUUUUUUUUUGUGUCCCCUUAUUUUAUUUCCUUUUGAACAGUAACGUUUUAGGCUCUUGUAUGUAGACAUUUUCUGCUUAACAAUUGUCACUUAAAGUACAUCAAAAGAUGUGCCCAAUCCUAAUAGAAUAGCUAAACCAACUAGGUUAUGCUGCACAUCUAUUGGGAAAGAAUAAAUUAACGUUACCUGGCCUUUUUUAUUACAUUGUUUGUUUAAUCGUUCAUUUUUAUGUGUAGAUAUAUUGUUGAUCCCAUGGAUUUCAGUUCUACCCUAACCUCUGGGGAAAUAAAACUGCCUUUUUUUUUUUGUCUAA